CCCUCUCCGCCAUUUCAUCCACAAAUCCCGCCAACGAUCAGUCUGUUCAAAUUAUCAGGAUUAGAGAAAUGGAAUUCAGAAUCAUCCGCAUCGGCAUCGGCUGUGCUGCUCCAGACAAUUACUCCAAUACCCAGCUCCCAUUAAUUCACUGUGUUCGAAGAGACCCCAAAGCCACGCCGCCGGUCGACGUGAUGGAUUACCCAAACUCCUACGUGUUCGCCGUCGAGGUCCCGGGGCUGAGGUCCGGCGACGUCAACGUCGGGGUCAAGGACAGCAAUAUUCUCACGAUCGCCGGCGAGAGGAAGCGCGACGAAGAAGACAUCACGAAUAAUAGUAAUAAUAAUGCCAAGUACAAGUACUUGAAACUGGAGAGAAAGGCCAGCAAGUUUACGAGGAAGUUUGUUUUGCCGGAAAAUGCAAACGCAGAUUCAAUCUCUGUCGUUUGCCAGGACGGCGUUCUGACGGUGACGGUGGAUAAGCUGCUGCCGGCGGAGCCCAAUACUGUUCAAGUCCAAGUCACUUGAAAAUACAACUAUAUUUGUAUUUUUCUUAUUUCAUUAAUCAUUGUUGUUGGGAUUAAAUAUCAAUAUAUAUACAUUAUUUUUAAA